AUGCUGCAGCAGAAGCCGUCUGCGGCGGGGCGCGGGCAACCAGUGCAAGUGGUGGAAAUAGGCACCAACCCGUCGUGGACCGGGGAGGUGUAUGAAGUGUGUCCGCUGGUGGCAAUAUGUGUGGCAGUGGGACCGGGGCAGUGGGUGUGGACGCUGGUUACUGUAGCAGCGGAUGAUCCCGAGGCGGCGGAGGUGUGUGAUUAUAUGAGCAAGGCGAGCUUGGAGACGUUGGAGGAGACGCUUGCGGGGAUCCGCGAGUGGCUGGAGGCGUUUUACCACCACCAGCCAGGGGAGAACGGGGAAGGAGACGAGGGGGGAGGAGGCGAGGUGAAACCGAAGAGAAGCGUGCGAUUCAACCAAGUGGUGCGGGUGAAAGUGAUUCGGAACCUGAAGGGGCGAGCAGAGGAGGAGGAGGAUGAGGACGAGGAUGAGGAUGAAGGGGAGGAGGAUGGGGAGGAGGAUGGGGAAGAGGGGGAGGAAGGGGAGGAGGGGGAGGAGGGGGAAGAUGGAGAGGAAGGGGAGGAGGGAGAGGGAGAUGAAGGAGCAGAAGGAGAAGGUGAGGUGGACGGGGAAGGGGAAGGGGAAGGGGAAGAGGAAGGGGAACAAGUUUCAGAAAAGAUAGCCAGUUGGUGGGAGAAGGGAUGA